GCUCCAGUUGCAGCAGUGGUGGGUCGGUUCUGGGAUGUGUUUCAGCCGCUCUUGUUUGGUCUGAUUGGAGCAGAAAUCAACAUCUCGUCUCUCAGCGCUUACACUGUCGGUUUGGGUGUUUCUGCUCUGUGUGUGGGUUUGCUGGUCCGUGUCUCGGUGACGUUCUGCAUGGUUCUGUUUGCUGGAUUUAAUAUGAAGGAGAAGAUCUUUAUAUCUCUGGCCUGGAUGCCCAAAGCCACAGUACAAGCAGCCAUCGGCUCCACAGCUCUGGAUAUGGCCCGUAGCAUUGGAGACGAGCAGCUCCAGAAGUUUGGCAUGGAUAUUCUGACGGUGGCAGUCCUGGCCAUUCUGAUCACAGCGCCAAUUGGAGCGCUCGCUAUUGGCCUUAGUGGACCCAAACUACUCCAGCAAGACACACAUAAACACGAUCAGCGUGUCGACGGCCUGGAGACUAAACUCUGAAUGUGGAGCUGAUCUGCUGUUCCUCCACCCUAAACUUCACCCUUUUAGACCCUGCCAACAUUACAAUGGACAUCACAUAUCAGGUCAUGCGUUGUUUUUUCGGUACCGGAGCAUUUCACCAAAUUUAAAAGACUCAUGAAGUCUUUUUUAAUGUGUAUUUUUAUUAGAAAUUUGAUGUAAUCUUAAAGAAAGAUAAUGUGAGCGCGGGACAUGGAGUAGUUUCCCCCUAUUUAAAACAACAGGCAGUUGCGUUUAGUUGUUUUUUAUCACAGCUCUGCCAGUGAGAGUGGUUGAGCUCAAGUGCUUUAAAUAAAAAGUCAAUAUUGGGGUAAUGACAAUAUUCAAAGUACACGUUUAUUAAAAUAUAGUGUUUGUUUUCCACCUGGUGGAAGAAAUGGAACAUGCAGAUAUUGAUCAAAAAAUAAUUAAUGAAUCAAUCAAUACAGCCCAUGAACAAUAUUUAAAAUACUGCUUUUAUGUAUAUAUAUUUAAAUAAUGCUUAGAGAAAUUACUGAUAUUUAAACUUCUAAUUAAGUAAAGCAUGUGUCAGUGAGCUCAUCCGAUGCAUUUGUAACAUGUCAAUAAAGCAAGUUUGAAUUAAA